UCCUUCCUGUCCCCCUCCGCUCGUCUCAGACGUUCCUUGGCUGGAAAAGAGGUAUCCCUCCGCUGGGGUCGUCACCCCCGGGGUACGUGCAAGCGUUAUCCCCUCAGGGUCGGCGACAUCGCUCCCGUCCGCUCUUUCCCCUCCCCUCAACGGUGGCGAUACCGAGGCCCCUCUUUCCUUCCUGGGGGUGAUAAAAACCUCCGCCACUUCUAUCCCUAAGAACUGGCCGUCUCCUUUAAGAGAGGGGGCUGGGCUUCCAGUGACCUUCCAUUCGCCCGCCCCUUCCUGGUUGCCAGAGCGACUGGGAGCUGGCGUCCUAAAAUGGCGUCCCUUCUGAACGAUAUUUUGUUCGAGACGCGCGGACAAGCCCCGGCGCCUAGCAAAGACUUCUACCAACUCAUCGUUAGUAGGAAGGAUGUGAUUUUCAGGUGGUGGAAAAUUUCUCUUCGGAGUGAAUUCCGCGAAGCAAGGCCUGGAGAACUCAAAGAAUCUCAUGAAGAUUUCUUGGAUGAUCCCUCCCUCCAAAUUCAAAUAGCCAUUGUGUUUGGAGCAAGCACUCUGGAGCAUAUCUUCAAUUUGUGCAGAGGUGAUUUUGAUUUCCUGGUGCGACUGCCAGAUCCAUUGCUUCUGUACAUUAUGUCAUAUUUGGAUCUUGAAGACAUUGCAAGGCUUUCCCAAGUAUCACACAGACUCGAAACGUUAUGCAACUCUGACAAACUAUGGGAAAUGAUUGUGCAAGAUUUAUUGGGCACCAUCACUCCAGAAAUGAAGUCCCUGGCACAAGAAAUUGGGUGGAAGCAGUUCUUCUUCACUAACAAGCUUCAACUGCAAUUACAACUCCGAAGAAGGAGAAAUAAGUCAGCUGGUUCUUCUGGAAGUCAGUCUGAUUAGAUGAGUAUUUUUCCUAAUUAAAUAUUUUGAAAAGUAUGGAUUUAUAUAUAUUUAUAUAUAAAUAUAUAUUUUGCAAGCUGAAAAUCUUGUUUAGCUUUCUAGGGAAAAAAAUAUGAUCACAAGAUUUGAAUAAAGAUAGAGGCUGCCUUAAAAUAGGCUAUUAGAGAUGCCUGAGAAAAUCUUUGUAGAUUAUUCCAUACAUUUUCAUUUAAUGUUUCAUUUAAAUUGCAUUUUGUUCUCCAUUUGUUCACAUUUUAUGUCUUGAUAUUUGUUUUUUGCUUUAUUCCGACUUUAUUUGAUGGCCAGGAGGUGGCAGCCACCUUUUAUUUUAUAUCACCAUUAUCAGCAGUGAUUACUAAUAUGUAUGUACUGUAUGGAGAAAGCUGUUUUGUUUUUUUCAUACAAUACCUGAAAUGACACAAUGGGUAUAGCAUUCUAAGAAGAUAAAAUGGGAACUUCCAGGAAAUGGUAAAUGUAAUCAGCUACUGGUAUCAAAGAAAGUUAAGAAUCCCUCACUUUCCAAAUUAAUGUCAAAUAGUAAGACUGGGAUAAUGAAAACUAAUUAAUUCUUGGUUUCAUUUGCUAUAAAGCUGUUGUGUACUUUUGUUAUAAUCAAAUUACUAAUAUUUCUGACCCACAAUUUCAUAGACAAAGCAAACAUUUCUUUGUCAGAUUUUAGUUCUAAAGUCCUCUGAAGAUCUAUCCCUAAAAAAAAAAUAGGGGGAGGAGUCUUACAUCCUAUGCUUAUGAAAUUUUUUUUUCUGAUGAGUAUUUCUAUAAACCUGAAUAGCAUUAAAUUUACCAAGAAAUGUAUUUGCCAGGCAGUGGUGUUAACUUCCUGACAUAUGACAGUCACACUGUGAAUUACAAAUUUCCAGCAUACUGAAUCCCUUGUUCUUUCAUACAUGUAUUAAAAUGUGUAGUGUUUUUUUCUGUAGUGUUAAAAUGCUGAUUCUUC